CUAUUUCGUGGCUAUUGUAGCUGGACCUCGUCCACAGCCUGAAGCAGUGUGUGAGGUGACAGAGAGAGAGAGAGAGAGACACUUUAACGUUGUCACAAUGAAGGCCUGUGUUCAGACGAUAGUUUUGGGGCUUCUCCUGUGUUUGUUCCGUGGGUCCUCUUGUGACUAUCGCAACAAUGAGAUUGACAGCAACGCUCGGGAGAUCCGAAAGCUGGACCGUCGACUGGAUAUCUUGACUAAUGAAGUGCGGAAGCUGAAGAAAGAUUCUGGGAACGGAGAGGACGAGUUCUCAGAGCUACCCCUCCCAGUGACCCCAUUGUCCGCACGACGGGAGGAGACGGAGGAGGGCGUGGUCUACACUGUCAGAUAUGUCCGUCAGAGGGGGGUGCGAGAGAGCAUAAUGUGGGAAAACGAUGAUGAGCCGGACGGAUUUUCAAGGGAGAUUAUGAGCAACUCCAUCCCAGCGUACAACCGCGGGUACCAGGAGACGAAAUACCUGACGAGGAAUGGAACCAAUUCCUAUGUUACCCUGUACAUCUACACUGAGACCUACUGGUUGGUCGUCACUUUGUUAAAUAACGGUCAAGGAAAUCAAACUUCCAGAAUUGAAGCUCCGAAAAUGAAAAUUGAACCAGCGAGUCGUGACCUGCCCUACACUGUUGGGGAAAACGCAACAUUUACGCCUGUUUCUCCCCUGUCUGAGGAUUAAUCAAUAUUUUUACUGCAUAUCUGCAUAAGGUGACCUCUACCUUGACCAUUAAUAAUCUAUUUAAAGAG